UUGAGGCUUCGAUGGGAGAUCAGAAGGAUUUUGUGGGCCCCAGGAUGUUCGCGAUCAUUCUUCAUCCUCUCAGGGGCAUAACAAGCCCGAAUACAGACUAACACGUUCAUCAUGCGCCCUAUUGGUCGCUGCAGUAAAUUUCAACGAUCUCCAUAACCAAUUUUAUUUGUCCGGAAUUCACUCGACAUAUUUCUUGGAAUAAUUGAAAAAGCUCUGGUGAUUCAAGAUGGAGGUGGAGGAGUUGCAGGCGAUUCUAGAGGCCAAGGAUGGGGUGAUUGAGGAACAGGAAGAAGAGGAGGAAAUCAUUUACGCUGAGGACGAGGAAAGCGAACAGGUUGAAGAGAUUGUUGAAAUAAUCGAAGAGAUUGUUAUGGUAGAAGGGGAAGAUGGUGAUGAAAAAGGGGAUGACGAUACCUCGAAGCUUGAAAGCGCCGCCGAAGAGAUUGAAGUUGAAGACUUGAUAGAAUCACAAGAAGAUAGUCAGGAGGGAGAAACGGAGGUACCAAGAUCAGAGAAGAAACGAAAAUCACAGAAAAUUGGGAACUACGAUACUAAAGGAGAUUGGGAGGAGGAGAAUGAUCCUCUGGACACUAACGAUGCACCCAAGGCGAGUGUUGCUUCAAGGAGAGCAACGGUUAACGGAAAUCAAUUAGUUUCCAAUGGAAAUGGGCAAGGACAGAGUUUGGAGAGCUUGAAGGGUAGAGCAUCGGAAGAGUACGAGAGAGAAAUGACGAUACCUAGACAUGAUGAUGAAGAUAAUCCACAUGAAAUCGUAAAAAAUGUUGACAAUGACUUGGUUUACACUGUUCUGGGGUCCAAGAAACAGAAUCAGGAAGAAAGAGCUGCUAAUGCUCGAUAUAUCAAGAUGGAAAGACUAGAGGAAGAUACCAUUCCAGUCGAAGGGACAAUUUAUUAUGAAGGCGAUGAUAUGGGGACAUUAUAUGUUGCUCAUACCUUGAACGAGGGUGAACAAUAUGAAUUGGAAGGGGAACCCGUUGUCGAACCCGAGGAACAACACCUGGAGCAGCCUGAGCAGUGGGAUGGCUCUAACGAGAUUAUUAUGGCUGAACAGGGAGAAGAAGAAAAUCCACAGGAUCAGAUAUUCUUGCAUGAAGAUGAAGAUGGACAGUUAUUCUUCAAGGACGAGAAUGGACAAAUGCAGCCGGUUUACUUGACGGAGGAUGGUAAUUAUGCAAUUGCAAGUAAUAGCAGCGAUGAACAAGAAAAUGCGGAAGGAAGGAACAAGGACAUUCAUGAGAACGUUGAACAGUUGGAAAAUAUUUCUAAUAGACAGCAGCCACCAUCUCCAGCUAUCGUGAACAAUGACGUAGAUAAUGAAGACAACACUGUGACGAUUUCCCUAAUCAUCUCUGAGGAUGAAAAUGGCCUAAAGAGGACUCAAGUAAUAAUUCCAACGACAGAUGCGCUAAAAUGUGAAAUUUGUCAAAAGAGUUUCAAAACUCAAUUUCAACUGUUGCGACAUAACAGGCUGAAGCAUGCACGCGAGGAAGAUAUUACAGUGCGAAAUUUCCCUUGCGAUUUGUGCCCCAAACGUUUUCCAGAUCAAAAUUCAUUGGCUAAACACCGAAAAACUCACACUGGAGAUCGACCAUUCCAGUGUCUCGAGUGUCAUGAGCAGUUUCCAACUGCCAAUACCCUCCGUCGCCACAUGAAUCAGCACAAUCCUGACUCUAAACCUCUACCAUGCAUCUACUGCGGUCGUAGAUUUAUCGACAAGCCAACACUCCAAAAACACGAACAGUCCCAUCUUGCUGCUGAGCAACGUACACACACCUGCGACAUUUGUCACAAGACGUUCAUCAGUGCCACCGAUCUGUCGAUGCACAAGAAGAAUCAUGAUCCUGAUAAAAAGUUUGAUUGCGAAGUCUGUGGACGUGAAUUCAAUCGUCUCAAUAAUCUACAGCGUCACAUGCUCGUACAUCAACAGGUACGUGAUAAAGCUGUGUCAUCAAGAGGAGAAUCAUUCGAAAAAAAUCAGCAAGGACAAAACCAGGAGAUAUUAUCCUGCGACGUAUGUGGAAUCACUUACAAAUUCAUGAGUUCACUGACGAGACAUAUGGUGACGUCUCACAUGAAUCCCGAAAAAUUGAGGCAACAGGCUGAAGAGCAGCGGCGAAAACGAGAGAAUAACUACAAACGUUAUCUCGAGAAUCGUAAAAUGUACGAAACUCAGCAUGUCCCUACCUAUGGGAAGCGUAUGUACAGGGGUGCUGUAAGCAGUGAUCCUGAUGACGAUUUGGCCUGAGAUGAGGGCAAUGAUUCGCUGAGCGCUGAGUCGAUGAAUCAUCAAUUUAGACCGUCGCGAAGUUACAGACGUUACCGGAAUUCGUAAUGUCUUCAAAGAUUAAUUAAUUGAAGGAUAACAUGAACUAUGUUGAUGUGAAAGUCAAGAGCUGAAGACUUGAUGAAAAACUAAAACGUAAUGUUGAUGUAACAUUUUAAAUACAUUUACUAGUGUGAUUGAAAAAAAAAAACAUUUAUAAAGAAUACGAAUGAUUUAAUUAAACAUUUAUCGACAUAGAUGUUUCAUUUGGAUUAUUGUAUUGAAGUAUUGGAAUAUAUGGAAAUAGAAUGAUCCAAAAUUUUCCCUCGUUCAAUUUAAAAUCCCAUGACGAUGAAUUAAAGAAAACUAUUAAUUACUGCGAAAUUCGUUUUGGUUUUUUAGUAAUCGUGGUUUGUUUUAUGAAGUAUAAGGAAGGAUAUUUAACGUAUGAGAAAAUUUAUUGAAAUUAUGUGAACAAUAAGCAAUUUUGAGAUAAGCAUUUUCAUUUUCAGAAAUGAUAUCUGGCAAUUCUUUGUAAAACUUAUUUUUUUCAAUGAUCAAUAUAUAAUUAAUCAGUCUCAAUCAUUUUGAUCUUACUUGGAUUUUUCAUUGUUUCAACAAUUUCACUCGGUACUUCCUGUUUUCGCCGUGGUUGGAACAUGUAAGAAAGAUGUCAUAUUUACAAAAGAAUAUAAAAGUGUAUAAUUCAAGAA